AUGGCGUCAGACGGGAUGAUUUUAACAAACCACGACCACCAAAUCCGUGUCGGAGUCUUGACAGUGAGUGACAGCUGUUUUAGGAACCUGGCAGAGGACCGCAGUGGAAUCAACCUCAAAGACCUCGUGCACGACCCCUCCCUGCUGGGAGGCUUUAUUUCAGCCUAUAAGAUCGUGCCAGAUGAAAUUGAUGAGAUUAAGGAGACUCUGGUGGACUGGUGUGAUGAGAAAGAACUCAAUCUCAUCUUGACAACCGGGGGGACCGGCUUUGCUCCCCGUGAUGUCACACCUGAGGCUACAAGAGAGGUGAUAGAGCGAGAGGCUCCAGGGAUGUCUCUGGCCAUGCUGAUGGGUUCUCUCAACGUCACACCACUAGGCAUGCUCUCCAGACCCGUGUGCGGCAUCCGUGGCAAGACACUUAUCAUUAACUUACCAGGGAGCAAGAAGGGUUCACAGGAGUGUUUCCAGUUCAUCCUGCCCGCGCUGCCCCACGCCAUUGACCUGCUCCGGGACGCCGUGGUCAAGGUGAAGGAGGCAGUGGACGAGCUGGAGGACCUCCCUUCGCCCCCGCCUCCCCUCUCACCACCCCCCAAUAGCUCGCCGCGGCGCCAGACGGAAGACAAGGGCGUGCAGUGCGAGGAGGAGGACGAUGAGAAGAAGGACAGCGGUGUGGCGUCCACUGAGGACUCCUCGUCCUCGCACAUCACCGCCGCCUCCAUCGCCGCCAAGAUCCCAGACAGCAUCAUCUCCAGGGGUGUCCAAGUCCUCCCUAGAGACACAGCCUCUCUGAGCACCACGCCCUCCGAGUCGCCCCGUGCCCAGGCCACCUCGCGCCUCUCCACCGCCUCCUGCCCCACGCCCAAAGCGCGGCUCCCCUCCUGUUCAUCCACCCUAAGCAUUGCUGAGGCCUCACGGAGAGAGUUCAGGGCUCACCUGGAUGAGGUCAUCACGCUCAAGUCAAGGUACUCUACCUUGGACCAGCUCCAGUGUAGGUUGGAGGGGCUUAAAGAUGAUCGCAGGAGCCAUAGGACCUUCAGCUCUCGAGUGCAGUCACGAUGCAGCAGCAAAGAAAAUAUCCUAAGAUCAAGUCACAGUGCGGUGGACAUCACCAAGGUGGCCCGGAGACACCGCAUGUCCCCGUUCCCCCUCACCUCCAUGGACAAGGCCUUCAUCACUGUGCUAGAGAUGACCGCCAUCCUGGGUACUGAGAUCAUCAACUACAGAGAUGGGAUGGGUCGAGUCCUGGCUCAGGACGUUUAUGCCAAAGACAACCUGCCCCCGUUCCCCGCCUCUGUCAAGGAUGGUUAUGCUGUAAGAGCGGCUGACGGUCCAGGCGACCGUUUCAUCAUCGGAGAGUCCCAGGCUGGAGAACAGCCCACCCACACAGUGAUGCCAGGCCAGGUGAUGAGGGUGACGACGGGGGCUCCUAUCCCCUGUGGGGCGGACGCCGUGGUGCAGGUGGAGGACACAGAGCUGCUCCGCGAGUCUGAGGACGGCACCGAGGAGCUGGAGGUGCGGAUCCUCGUCCAGGCCCGCCCAGGACAAGACAUCAGGCCCAUAGGUCAUGACAUCAAGCGUGGGGAAUGUGUCCUGUCCAAGGGAACUCACAUGGGCCCCUCUGAGAUUGGCUUGCUGGCCACCGUAGGGGUCACCGAGGUGGAGGUGCAGAAGUUCCCCGUGGUGGCUGUCAUGUCCACAGGCAACGAGUUGUUGAACCCAGAGGACGACCUCCAUCCAGGGAAGAUCAGGGAUAGUAACCGCUCCACACUGCUCGCUACCAUCCAGGAGCACGGAUAUCCCACCAUCAACCUGGGCAUCGUGGGAGACAACCCAGACGACCUCCUGAACGCCCUGAACGAGGGCAUCAGCCGUGCUGACGUCAUCAUCACCUCUGGAGGGGUGUCUAUGGGAGAGAAGGACUAUCUGAAACAGGUGCUGGAUAUUGAUCUGCAUGCUCAGAUCCACUUUGGACGAGUCUUCAUGAAACCAGGUCUCCCGACAACGUUCGCCACGUUGGACAUGGACGGUGUUCGUAAACUCAUCUUUGCCCUCCCAGGUAAUCCCGUGUCUGCUGUGGUGACAUGUAACCUCUUUGUUAUCCCCGCCUUAAGGAAGAUGCAGGGGAUCCUGGACCCACGGCCCACCAUCAUCAAAGCCAGGUUGUCAUGUGACGUAAAGUUGGAUCCUCGCCCUGAGUACCACCGCUGCAUUCUGACAUGGCACCACCAGGAGCCUCUGCCAUGGGCCCAGAGCACAGGUAACCAGGUGAGCAGCAGGCUGAUGAGCAUGCGCAGCGCCAAUGGUCUCCUGAUGCUACCUCCAAAAACAGAGCAAUAUGUGGAGCUGCACAAGGGAGAGGUGGUCGACGUCAUGGUCAUCGGCCGGCUAUGAUGUCAUCAAAGGGGGACGUUGAGAUGGCUUCAUAGAGAGAGAGGGUUCAAAUGGGUGUUUCACGGUGCAUGUCCACAUAUCAUUGACUAUUCUGUAAUAUGCAACGGCACAGCUAGUUUUUAUUGAUUUGGAUAACGUUGAGGUAUAGUCAACAUCUCGAUCACAA